UGUGUAGUUUGAUUCAAUAUAACUUUUGGCCAUUUGAAAAUUUGUUUUUACAAAAUUUGCUGUAAAAAAUCCCUCAUGUCUUUUCACAUUCUGUAUCCAAAACCACUGCCGCCGCGGGACAAUCAAUCACUGCCAAAUGAAAAUGGUUUUACUGCCACAGAAAUUGCAUCCUUGCGCAAUGGAUGGCGUCAUUUUAAACGUCGCUUUGGCUAUCAUUCUAAACAAAUAUUCAUGGAAUUUUAUCAAGAACAUGAACAAAUGUUGGAGAAAUUUCGCAAUCGAAUGGGCAAAUUCAAUAUGCAACAGCUGCAUCGACAUCCACAAGAACUAUUGCAAGUCUAUGGUAAUCUGAUAGAACAAGGACUGGAUAAUAUGACUUAUAUGCAUGUUUUAAUGACCGCAAUAAGUCAACGGCAUAGAAUGUUCGGUGUUACAGGUUAUGAAAUAAAGCUACAAGCCGACCACAUAACUCUCUACAUACUUGCCUUAUUGGAGAAAAUAAUUUCGCCCACAUUUGUUUCGGGACUGGAAAAACUAAGUCGCUUGAUAAACGCAUAUCAUUGUGAAGAUGCAUGCGAAGAGCAGUUGGAAAAGAGCUCGAAUGAGGCAUUGCAUAAUUAAGAAAAUAAAACUGUAAUUAAGAGUAAAAGGUAAUUUAACUUAAUUUUUUUCUACAGUGCGCAGAGUUAGAGUUUUCUCAAAAUGUUCUAAACUCAGAAGAAGAGAAGAAAUAUUAAAGCCGUAGUAGAAUUUUCGAGAUGUGUCUACAUAAUAGUUUGGCGGAAAGCUUUAUUCGAUUAGUUAAAGAUAGACAUAAUGACUUGAGUAUACCAUGAGGUUUCUGAUGUUAGCUACAAUAACAAUGCCGAUAGGUUAGUACCCUGAGCCUAUUACAUAUGGGGCCAAAAGUUUUGAUUUCUUAUUUCCAAUAUUAAAAAAUCAAGGCUAAUGCAUCAAUACACUACCAAAUGAUAGCACUUCUUCAAUUCUAGACUUCGAAAGUUCAUUUAAAUUCGUACCAAAUUGAAGACUUAUAUGUAUUAUACGAGAUUCAGGAUUUUUAAAAUUCAAAGAUGUAAAUGUUUAUAAGUGCGGUUGUAAGAUUUAGAAGAUUUUCCAAAAUAAUUUUAGUUUUAUUUAAUUCUUUGGUUCCUCUUCUAUUGAGCUUAUGAUCUCGUCACUUUGGUAAAAAAUGUUUUUUUGUCAUAGAAGUUAUUUUUAAAGUAACUUCUGGGGAGAAUAUCCCAGACAAAAACAAGGGAACUGAUGAGGAUUGGCGGCUCUUUCCGAAACCUAGGUAUUCCCUGCCUUACCCCCGUAAACAUUACCAUCGUUUUCCACUAAUAACCAAACGUUGUU